UACCAAGUCCUACAUGAAACUCACUGAAAAGUAGCUUAAACGUUGAAUUAAACGUUGAUUAAGCUAUCGAAGACUAAAGAGAGUAUCAAUGCUACAAUUUUCUCUAGUCAGUUAAUCAAUUCUCAUCCCUGUUUCUCCAACUGUGCCUUGAUAAGGUCAAUGUCUUAUUAAAGUGACAGCCACACUCAAUGCUGACCAGAUCCGGGACGCCACAUGCUACUCUCAUUGUGCAAGCCACAGUCCGGCGCCCUCAACUGCCGCCAAUCGGUCCCCGCGGCUCCCGCUUCCUCUCCUUCACCCUUCACAUCCGCGAUACUGACCGAAAUACGUCGUCAUCUUAUCUGAGAGCCUAAUCGCUUUCACCGAUUAGCAGAGCAAAAACUUAUUACUUUAUUGAUCUUCAGCUUACUGCUGCAGCCUCAAUUCCUUGGCUGCAAGUGAAUACCCAAAAGGAGGUUGCCGCAUCGCAUAUCUCGACUAUUAAGAACUCGAUAUGGAUCCCGGGCACGCAAAUAACGGACCCGCGGCUUCCGAUGACUCUGCUCGGAGAGCGGUAAGUACCAGAUUUUCGAUUUAGCCAAUUCCAGUGUUGGCAUUAUUCAGAAUAUGGACUCCCCGACCUGCGUGCGUAUCGCUUACACGGCAACCCUAAAGCGAUCAAUCGCGAAACUGGUGUGCCGUGCCAGUAUAGCCUUGUUAGCUGCAUCGGCCCGCUGCGAGUUUCACCCAUCAACUAUAUCUUGUGUUGUGUAACAAUCCCUUUGCAUAUCAGGGCUGACAAGAACUCUUGUGAACACAGUGUGAUCAGUGUCGUACGAGAAAGGUGAGCAUCACCCAUGAAUGCCUUCAGAAACACGCCAUAGUCAGGACGUUUCUGUAAACAAAGGCUGUCCAACAUAGAUGGUAUUAAUAACACCUGCAUGAUAUAGAUCCGAUGCGAUAAAGACUGGCCAUGCUCUAACUGUCGUACUGCCAAGCGAUCUUGUACAUCCACAGGCGUUGGCCAGAGACCCAAAGAGCCCCGGCAGCGAGUUCUCAUCUCGUCCCAAUAGUUCGUGACCCCAUACCAUCUUUUACCCCAGACGCUGUAUCUGCACAUGGUGCCGCUUUGUCCCCUCCAAGCAGCUUUGCCGAUAGCCGUUCGCCAGCCAGAUAAGGCAGCUCAUCCACUAACCACUGGCAUGCGUGCCUCGUAGUGAACGAAAGAUCGACCAGAUUGAGGUCCGCUUAGGCAAUAUAGAAAGCCUCCUCCGGGAUCUCUCCCAACGUCCCGUCUCCACUCCAGGAAGUAACAUUCAGUUUCCUGUCACCCCUGCAGCCUUACCAGGUCUCGAUCCAGCCUCUGCAUCUACAGCGGCUUUUGACAGUUCCGAUGACGAGUCUGUUCUGGGUGGUGAUUCGGUCAUUGCCCAGCAAACCACGUUUGCUAGCGACCUUCUCGAGCAUGCCGUGGAGCGCACCUCGUUAAACGAUGUCAGUCCCAAGAUGUGGGAAGCUCUCGCAAACUUGAGACAGUUGGCCGAGCUUCAGAGUCGGCAGUCCAUCAGCCAUGGUCCCCGUUUUCCACUCCAGCAGCCCAUCCCAAAGGGAGGCUUGGGUCAACUGCCAAUGCCUCCUAUGGAUAUUGUAGUGAACUUGCUUAAGAGAGUUAGAGCUUCUCCGCCAGGUCUCUUUACGUUUGUCUGCUACUUCAUUGGAAUAAAUGACUUCUCCAACCUUUGUCGAAUGGUCUACUUUCCCACAGACGACUUUAGUGAUUCCACCUUCAUCAUUGUCAACGUUGGUCUCUAUUACUUGUUUCUUGAACAGCACCACUUGACCGUUGACAACAAGCCUCUGAAGGAUGAGUUUGCAUCACACCUUUACACAAGUCGCAUCAACCUGGAAACAGCGCUGGCAAAUAUGUCUCUCUUCAUGUCGACCAAGAUAGAAACAGUCCAGGCUCUCCUCAUGGGUACAUUAUACACCAUCGACGUCUGCAGACCAUCUGUGGCUUGGCAUCUCAACUGUGCCGCGGCCCAGAUUUGCCAGACUGCUGGUUUCCAUCGGAGGGAUCUCUCAACGCGUAACCCCGAGGAAGCUGACAUCAAGGCGAUCCUUUUCUGGUACACGUAUACCACGGACAAAGCACUAGCACUUCGACUAGGCCGUGCCCCUGCCAUCCAGGAUUGGGAGAUCACCAUUCCACGUACUUUCAGCUUCGAUGGCAUCUUGAGUCUUGAAACCAAAGCUGUUGCGGGUACGUGGCUUAACGCUGCAACGUUGCAGGGCCAAGUGUAUGAGCAACUGUUUUGUCCGGCAGCAUUAAGCCAACCACCAGCUGUACUCGCUGAACGAGCACGUCUGCUGGCAGCUGAGUGCCGUCGUGUCGAGGCGGAGUCGUAUCAGAGCCGCGAAAUGGCUAUCUCAUCGCUUGAGAAAAUCGGAGCUUCCCCUCUCGUCGAUGUCCACCUGAAGGGUGACGAAGUGCAGUUGCUGUCAACCAUGACUCUCAUUUACAGAGCAGUUCCAGCUCCUGAAGGGUCACCCACUAGGUUCUGUCAAGAGUGUAUAGACACUGCACGAAAGGCUUGUCACGCACAUUUCGCAUGCAUGGAUUUGGUGCGGAAAGACCCCCACGCGAGAGCCAUAUAUGUCCAUUGGAACCUGGUGCUGACUCCAUUUGCCCCCUUCUUUGUGCUGUUCGGAUAUGUCAUCGAGACAUCAUCGCAAGAAGAUCUCCAACUGUUGAAGCAGUUCAGUGCGUCCAUUGAAGAGACCAGUGAUGCGUCAGAGACCAUGCAAAAACUGUCGCGACUAUGCAAUAUCAUGAGCAACGUCGCGGCCCUGUACGUCGAAGCCAAGUCUCAACAAGUGGAAGAUCAGGCAAUGGUGCCCAUCGGUGACGAGUUCGACGUGUAUUUGAGCCAGCUCGGACUCAUGCCUGUCAUGGACUCGACCAUGGGCAACGCAGGUGAUCCCAAUGCAGAGUUUGGUGAGAACACUCAAGUCAACCAAAUGGCGGACUGGAUGUCUGGAAGUCGAAAUUUGCUGGGAUUGUUGGAACAGGAUAUAUCGCAGAUCGGAGGUGUACAGUGGCCACCCAUGUAGAAUAGAAUGAUAGAAAGGACCCGGAUAGAUACUCGCAAAUAGAAUUUUAGUUUGAUGUUCGUAACUUAAGAUGAGUCCGAUGCAGCUCAGUCGGUGGGAAACCGAGGGUCAUAGACUUCAUAGCCCUCGUCUUCAGUAUCGCUUUCCGGUGACAAGUUCUUUUGAAGGCCAGGAUUGACUGGUGCCGGCUCAAGUGUACUAGCCGGCUUGGGCUUCUCAGUCGUCGUCGUUGCUGCUGGUCCGCCGCUCUCAACUUUGGUGAAAGCGCUCUUGAAGCCACUCUUCUUGAAGCCGCCUUUCUUGAAACCUCCUCCACCAGUGGCAGUCUCUUGGCCAGGGAGCUUGAUGCUGAUGAGACCGUCGGCUUUGGCCUCGGCCUUGCGCGCACGAGAGCCAGCGGUGGGGUCACGAACCAUGGCCUUCAUGUCUUUGAGGCGCUGCUUGUGACUGUGAUCAUAACUGCUGAGAUGAGCUUCAUAGUCAUUCAUUCGCGAGUACCCUUUGGAGCAGAGCUGGCAGUAGAAAGACUUUUGAGCUUCACGUGCAGAUGCAGUCUGCGCCGAGGGAAGAGUUAGGUGUCGCUGGUGACGCGUUAGUCAAGGAAUGAGCACCAGAGUAUUCGGAUCUUACCGGAGGCAUGUUGUCUCUGGUAUUUUCCUUCAGACAGUUAUGAAGUUGGCCUUUCUCAGUGUUGUUUUGAUGAAAAUGUCGUGGUUCUUGUAAGCUGCUGAUGUUUGAUGAAGGAAGUUUGAG